GGAUAAAACGAACGACAAGAAUCAGUAUUGAAUACUAAUAACGAAAUAAUACAUUCACGCGUUAAUAAUAGCAGUAAGAACAAAAAAAAAAACAAUUCAAAAUACGAUCCUGGAUUUUCGUGUCUUCGUGUCUUCAGAUCAAGACUCGUCGAGAAGAUUAGACAAAGAGGAGAAUUGAAAUCCUGCUGAGCGGACUGCAAGCAAAGCGAGUGAGUCAUCGGCGAAGGUUCGACUAUACGAGAAUGAGACACUUCACAUGCUUGCUGACACUGGGCGCGUUGGUUGUGGCAGCCUUCGCCGCGAUCAAGAAUGACGCGUCGCCGGUCGACUUGGCCAGGCAGACUUUGUUAAACCUGGAGAAAGAGCUGAGGACCGAUCUGGCCAAUCAGCAGAAAUGGACGAACGUCGAGGCGCGGGAUAAGUACCUGCAUCUGAUCAAGGCGUACAAAAGAUUCGGCAACCAGUUGGACGAGCGAUUCCCCCGGGAUCGGGAGAGCUACCUGAGCUCCUUGGACUCCCUGUGGCUUUGGGCCCGGGCCCAGAACGAGAUCGAGAGCGUCAACGGCCUGUACGGAGUGUUCCGGCAGAUGCAGCGUGAAAUUGUCGACCUGAACGCGCCGGUCAACGCGAAACAGCUGACGAAUUUCGCCGAGACGAUCCUGCGGGAUCCGAACGCCGCAAUCCCGAGAGCGCUCGACCGUAUCGCGACUCUGAUUGUCAACGAAAAGUUGUUCAUCGCGGCGUAUCAGGAAGCGUCGAACCAAAUGUGCAAUGAGAUGCAAUCGUCGCAGCAACUGCUGUACAAUUUGUAUAAUGCCGUAGCGCUGACGGAGAUCAAGGGUUACACUAUGAUUCAAUUCUCAUAUAUGCUAUUACGUCUGUUUGAUGAAGGCAUUAACUUUAACGAGGAAAUACAGACGCUGAAACAUCAAUACGCGAUAAGGACAUCCGAGACGUUGAGAGCCGUGAAAACCGCGAUGGCCUUUGCCCCAAGAAGUCUUUGGAGAUGCGAUCCAAAUGUGCACAAGUUAGAUGAAACCUAUACCGAGCUGAAACAACUAUUCCAAGGCUUUAUCGUAAACGAAGUGGAUUUAAACACCCAUGCCACGUGCAAAGAGAACUGCGCUUAUUAUGGAUACAGUAAGGUGUACGGUUGCUAUCAGAAUCAAUUUUGCGCGAAACAACGUCAAUGUAAUGGAAAGAUAUUGAACUGUGAAUACAUUGAUUCUGACAUGUGGAUCUGCCCCUCGGACAGAAACAGUAGUAGGCGAUACGAUUAUAUCGACUAUGAAAAUGGUCUUCAUUAUGGAAACGCAAAGUCGUGUUCCAGAGAUACGUUUAAAGUCGACAGCUGGUGGCGAUGGCUUUUCUGGCAUUGCAGCUACUGUUUUUGCUACUGCGACGAUCAAAAUUCGAGUUCCGACCGUUAUUUCAGUCUUCGAUCCGUCGUGUCCGAUAUCUCGCACAAUAAGGUCAUAACGGGAGUGAGAUUGAAGAAGAUAAACCGAGUUAUUCAUAUACAAAUUCAAGAGGGUCAGUUACUUCCACGCGGAGCGAUUAAUGCAUCCACAAUCGAAUGGCAAUCAGUCGAUGCCUUUUCAAUCAUGGACCCUCACAUUAUAAACGGCAUCGACUACCAUACAAUGGUAUGGGAAAAACGCGCUUUGGACCUCGACAAUCUGUUGUCAUUGCAAGAUCAUCUUUUGACAGGUAUCCGGUUCCGAAUGGUUGGUAGCCGGCUGAAUUUGGAAAUAAUGAUAUCUCCGUUUAACUUCACAUCCGGAUUGUUAAUUCAACCUAAGGAAAAGAGCUUCUGGCACAGCAACGACGUUACUAGCAGAACCGAGUUGGCAUACACCGAACCCGACAUACCGAUUCGCAAUUCCUUGCCGAACGUACCAGACUCCGGGGAGAAUCAAUACUUGAACUUCGCACCGAGCGAUCGACGCAAGGACGCCGCACAAAGCACGAUUCCCUUCAUCGACGUUCAACCGGUCACCCCGAAUCCGCCGGUACCGCUCUCAGGCGCCGGUAUCUUUCACAAGGGUCGAAAGGGUUCGGGCGGAUUCGUCGCAUUGAAAUUGACCACCUACGAUUUCGCGCCCCACCUACAGAUCGAUCUGCCACCGGCACCGCCGGUUCUCGAAAGUCCGAAUGAGAUAAAAGCUUCGUAGAACCUUUCGUGUUUUUUGAAUAUUUUAUCGAAAUAAUGAUUAAAGAACCUGUGAUUUGCCAAGGACCUCAAUAUACGUAUCGAGGUAAAAAACGAAGAUAUGUAUCGAGUUAUUGCAUACGAAAUGUGUUAACACUUUCAAAUGUUUCAGCUGUAGAAAAAAAUUGAAUUUUUUAAAUAAAGCACGAAACAAAAAAAAAUAGAUAUUGGAAUUUAUCUAACAUUCGAGAUACAAAACUUAAUCUUUUAUUAUCUUUAACCCUUUCCAUUCUUAGAUUCUAUUUUACAUUCGAUCGAAGUGUGAUUACGAAAAUGACUUCUAAUUCCGAGUAAUCUUUUUUAACUACGUAUACCUUGUCUCCUUGAAAAUUACUUAAUUUGAAAAUGCAGAAUCUCUGACGUAAAACCGACAUUUCUUAUGCAAUUAACAAUAAUAUUUAAGUCUUGUACUCUCUGUAAUAUUACGUAUAAAUUUUAUAUUAAACUUGUUAUACUCAUUAUUAAUUAUCUGUCAGUAAUAUUAGUGAAAACUUUUUUAAGAUUUACGAUAUAUUUAACGAAUCUCAUAUUGUCAUAUUGAAUUUAGAAAUAUUGUAGAUAAAUAUUUGUGACGGCACAAUGCUGCCGUUUUCUUUGCAGUGCGAUUUGGUUACCAUUAAAAAAAAA